CACAACUCUCUUUCUGGAGAAGAAUUGUGGGAAUUGUCAUUGCUGUUGCUGUGAUUUUACUCUUAAUGUGGAUUAUCUUAAACCGACCUAAAUUACUACAGCUGGAGCCGUGCCCUGAUGACUGGCUGUACUACAAGAAGAAGUGUUACUAUCAUUCAGGAGCCAUGGCAGAUUGGAAUUCCAGUCAGGAAUCCUGCUCUGCUUACGGAGCUUCCCUUGCAGUGAUUGACAGCCACCAAGAACUGGACUUUAUAAUGUAUCGAAUACGCACGAUAGAUUUCUGGAUUGGGCUGCGCAGGAAAGGAAACAAAUUCUUCUGGGUUAAUGGAGAGUCAUUUGACACUAACUUAUUUCAUGUCAAUAUAACAAAUGACGGAGACUGUGUCCAUAUAGGUUCAGCCUUCAUCUCUACCAGAAGGUGCUCCUCAUACAGGAACUGGCUUUGCACCAUUGGUCAGUUUAAUCCAAGACAAGCUCUUAAUAGGGAACAGCUGGCUGUGUAAACACAGAGACUUUCUCCACAAGAAGUUGGAAUUCAGAAUACUGAAAGUCCUUGCUGUAGGAGGUCCACAGGGGCAAGAGGUGCUGUGGUGACGAUCAUAUCCAGACUUCUCCAGGAGAAGCAAUACAGGGAGUAAUAGUGACAGUGAAGUGGCAGUACCGAGAGGAAACGAUGAUACAACGGCUGCUGCAAAGAACAGAAGUUGCUUCUUGGCAAUACAGUUUCAUUGUUGAAACUGCUGAAGGACAUGGCCAUGGAUACUUUUCUUGGGAACUCUUCACAAUUGCAAAACAUAUUUUUUUAAGGCAGCUAAGAACUUUGUCAGAUAGACAUGAAGGUCUCAGUGAAAAUGUAAUUCAUAGUGAACCCAAUGAUGUGUUUUUCCUGUUUUCUGUGGAACUCGGUAAUUCUUUGUCUGAGAACUUUCAGUUUGUCUUUGUGGUAAGCGGGUGAGAUUUCACAAGGUGUUUUGACUUCCCUCCCCUUCUUUUUCCGUGGGGUUUUCAAAUGUGAUUGGUAUGUAAUGUCCAAGGAUAUAAAUGGGAGCUUUGUAAACCAGGAAGGCAGAUAAUGACUAGGUCUUCUAGUGAAUGGCACUGCUGUUACAGGGCAUAUGGAGUGGGACAAAUUACAAAUAUUCUUCUCUAUCCAUCUGGACUGAUCUGGAAACAUGACUGCUACUGCCCAAAACUUCCCUCUAUAUGUGGCUGCAAUAGGAAAGCUCCCAGACUGAGUCACGCCCAACUGUCGUUUUGGGAGGGCUGACGAAGUCAACUGGAUUUAGAAGGUGAGAGACAUGUAUAUCUAGCAUGGAAAGGGUUCUAGGGCAGCUUAGUGAGGUGCUGUGGUGUUCAUCUGUUCGCCUGUGCAGGGGGAAAAAAGCUUUUAUUGUCUCCAGCACAGCUAUUUUAUCCUUUAUCCUUUUAUCCUAUUUUAUCGCCUUGUGUGGGCGAGGAUAGUUUAACAGCCCAUGGCAUAGAUGCACUAGAGCUAAAUAGCAUAGCCCCCUGGAUUAACCUGUUUAAGUUCUUGGUAGGAUGCCCUGAAAAUGGGCAGUGGGGGCGUGGGA